AUGGCGCGCGCAGCAAAGGUAGACGUUGCCUUAGUCUCCGAUGGAGACAUGCCCAUCUGUGUCGAGGUCCUUUCAAAAGCGUUCGGCCACGACGCGCCGUUCGUGGACAUCUACUUCCCCAACCACGAUACACCGGCCGGUCAAGCCCAGGCUUCCAAGCGCUUGGUAGCCUGGAAUCAGAGCUCCGAGAGCUCUACUUUCCUCAAAGCAAUCGCGCGAGCUGACGGUGGGAGCCAGGAGCACAUCAUCGGUCUCGCGGUGUGGACCUUUAUGAAGGAAGCACCGCCUGCGGAGCUUUCUGAGGCAGAGAACGUUGAAGAGGUUUGGCCCGAUGAGGACGACCGCGAAUUUAUGACCCGUCUGUGGAGGGAGUACGUGAUACCACGGAGUCAGACUAUCCGGGAUUCUGGGGGCAAAGGUGUCUACGGCAUGUGA